GUGAGAAGAGAUCGGGCGGAUCAUGUGUUGAAGGUUGAGCUGAGCUGCAUACGCGCUCUGUGUGGAACUGGAUCCAGAGGAAGGUUGUCCCGUCAGCUGCUGGCAACUGUGUCUUGCAAGCUUUCUUUUCACAAGGUCAGCCCGAAAUCCUUGUGGGUGAAGCAGCAAAGCCUUCCGCCUUUAUCAUCAUUGUCGUGCUGGUGGCAGACGGUUUGCCUCUCCGCGGAAAGCCAUGAUUCUCUUAGAAUUUCAUAACAGAAUCUUGGAAGAGGCUCUUCUUUCUCGAUUCAACAGUGAUAAGAAGGAAGCAGUCGACUUGACAAUCGCUGAUUUUGAUGGUGUUCUCUUCCAUAUAACUAACGCUGAUGGCGAUAAGAACAAAAUCAUUGUGAGCGCAUCAGUCAAGUUUUACCCUGAGCUUGCAAAGUAUGGUGUCAAUGAGUAUUUGCAGAAGCAGUAUGGAGAUCUUGUCACAUCAACAGAGUCUGGUUAUGACUUCUCCCUGCUCGUCAACAUGGAAUCUCUUCCUGCCGACAAGGCUGGCCUUGCACGGAAGGUUGCUCUACUGAAGCGGCAUUGCUUUGCAGCAGUAUUUGACUACAUGUUCGACAAGCAAGCUGGUGGCGGUUGCAGCGAGAAGGCAAUAAUCCACUACCGUGAUGACGAGACCAUGUAUGUGUCAGCAGACAAGGACCGCGUUACAGUAAUUUUUAGCACACUUUUCAAGGAUGACGAUGAUGUGAUCAUCGGAAAGGUCUUCAUGCAGGAGUUCAAGGAGGGACGCCGUGGCAGCACCACAGCACCUCAAGUUCUGUUCAGCCACCGCGAGCCGCCAAUGGAGCUGCAAGGCACUGACGCACGGGUCGGUGACAACGUUGGAUACAUCUCAUUUGUGCUCUUCCCUCGUGCCACUGUGGUCGGAGCUCAGCGAGAGAAGACAAUCGACCUCAUUCACACUUUCCGUAACUACCUGCACUACCACAUCAAGUGCUCCAAGGCCUACCUGCACUGUCGUAUGCGCGCCCGUACCUCCGCCUUCUUGAAGGUCCUGAACCGUGCUCGCCCGGAGAAGAAGGCUGUGGAGAAGAAGACUAUCACUGGCAAGACGUUCACCAGGAAGUAGACCAGCUCAUGUGCAAUUGCUCCCCCUCCCUUCGGGCUAUUUCUUUUUUUAGCUUUCCAACAUACCAGCUUGCUGCUUUUUGCAUGCCAUCGAUUGGCAUAGCAAGCUCUAUGCUCUUGCGAGCACCUAUUUGCGUACUGCGCUGCCUUCCCGUGAUUGUUGGAUUGUGAGCAGCUGGAUUCUCCCCACCGGGUGUGACUGUAAAUUAGUGGAACGCUUUUGAUGACAGUAUUUUCGAGGUUACUCAUGAAUUAAUAAUCAUACAUACACUUGCCAGGGUCAUUCUGUCUUCAA